AUGUUAAUGAUCCUCUUUGCGCUUAUUUCAGCAGCAGCAACAGCACAAGUGACUGGUGGUCCUCCUGCAACACAGCAGAACAGAACCAUCGAACCUAGUGUCUAUAGAACUUGGUGCGUUUGCAAGCCAUAUUCCUCCCUUACUAAACUGAGAUAUGAAGUAAGUUGGGCUUGUGAGAAUGGUGCUGAUUGCUCACCAAUUGAAAAGGGUGGCCUUUAUGAGAACCUCAGCUUCACAGACCAAGUUUCUUAUGCUUUCAAUGACUUUUACCAGAAGGAUCCUACACACCGCCAGUGUUAUUUCCAUGGCGCUGCUAGGAUUACAAAUAAAGACCCAAGUACUCCGACGUGUAAGUUCCCAUCUAACAGUACUUCCACAUUCCCAGCGAGUUCUUCAACAAGAAGGGAAGUUCCAAACCUAGGAAGCUUCUUGUGGGGUCUUGGAUUCACAUACCUGGCUUAUCUUGCUGCUCAGAUAGCAUGA